AUUCACACACCAGUCAACUCUCUCUCUCUCUCUUCCCCAUGCACUGCACAACACUGCCGAAGAUGAACCUCAUUUACUAUUUACUCACACACAAUUUCUUUUUCUUGGAUAUUUUUACUAACAGUAGCUAGCUACCUCUCUUCUUCUAUAAUAUAAUUGCCACCCACCCACCCACCUACAUAUCAUCAUCGUCGUCGUUUUUCAUCUUGCAAUGGCAACUCCACACCCACUCCUAAUUGUUCUUCAUGUCCUCCUUAUCUUCUCCGCUUUCACAUCAUCAUCUCUUCAAAUUAAUAAGAAAAUUCUGUUGGAGGUUAGAAAAUCUUUCCUUGAAGACCCACUCAAUGUUCUUCAAGACUGGUCGGAGAACAGCACAAACGUGUGCUCAUGGCGAGGUGUUUCUUGCUCCUCUAAUCAAAUGGUGGUGGUGGUGGGUAUCAAUCUCUCCAACUGUUCCCUAAGUGGGUCCAUAUCACCCUCUCUCUCCCUUUUGCCAGACCUGCUCCACCUGGAUCUUUCUUUAAAUCAACUCUCUGGCUCCAUUCCACCUGCUCUCUCCAACCUCUCUUCUUUGGAAUCUUUGCUCCUCUACUCCAACCAACUCUCCGGUCCCAUUCCCCCUCAACUUUCUUCCCUCCUCAACCUUCAACUUCUCAAGCUCGGCGACAAUCCCGACCUCACCGGUCCAAUCCCUCCUUCUUUCGGCAACCUUCACAAUUUGCUCUUUCUUGGUUUGGCCUCCUGCAGUCUCUCCGGUCCCAUUCCCCCGGAGCUUGGAAACCUCACCCUGCUUCAGCACUUGAUUUUGCAGAUUAACCACCUCGAAGGACCCAUUCCACCAGAGCUUGCCAACUGCUCCAGCCUCAUUGUCUUCACCGCCGCUGAUAAUCAUCUUAACGGCUCUAUCCCGGCGGAGUUGGGGGCUUCCCUUGGUAAUCUUCAGACGCUGAAUCUCGCCAACAAUACCCUCUCCGGUGAGAUUCCUCCCCAACUCGGUGAGUUGACUCAGCUCCAGUAUCUUAAUCUCCUCGGCAACCAGCUUCGAGGUCCCAUUCCCAAGUCCCUCGCGAAACUGGCUAAUCUCGGCAGUCUCGACUUGUCCGACAACAUGCUCACCGGAGAAAUUCCAGGAGAUGUUGGAAGCAUGGGUGAGCUUGUUUACCUCGUACUCUCAGGCAACAAUCUGACAGGCACCAUUCCCAAGGGGAUAUGCUCCAAUGCCACCAGUUUGGAACACUUGAUGCUGUCCCAGAACCGACUUCAAGGCCCCAUCCCCGCUGAAUUAGCCGAUUGCGUGUCUCUUAAGCAACUUGAUCUGUCCAACAACACACUUGAUGGAUUCAUUCCACUGGAGCUCUACGGCAUGCUUCAACUCACUGACCUCUUGCUCCACAACAACAGCCUCUCCGGUUCCAUCUCUCCACUCGUAUCAAACUUGACCAAUCUGCAGACACUGGCACUGUACCAGAACAAUCUACAGGGCAAUCUUCCCAAAGAGAUUGGGAUGCUAUCUAAUCUCCAGAUUCUGUACGUUUACGACAACCAACUAUCGGGAGAGAUCCCUGUUGAGAUUGGCAACUGCUCCAGUCUUCAGAUGAUUGAUUUCUUCGGGAAUCACUUCUCAGGGGAUAUUCCUAUCACCAUUGGGAGGCUCAAGCAGCUGAAUUUCCUCCAUCUCAGACAGAAUGAUCUUUCCGGUGAGAUUCCCGCUAGUUUGGGCAACUGCCGUCAGCUGACCAUACUUGAUUUAGCCGAUAAUCAAUUGUCCGGCAGCAUCCCAUCGACUCUCGGGCAUCUUGUAGCACUCGAACAGCUCAUGCUCUACAACAAUUCUCUCCAAGGCAGCCUACCCGAUGAGCUCACUGCACUUGCCAACUUGACGAGGAUCAAUCUCUCCCACAACAAGUUGAAUGGGACCAUUGCCCCACUCUGCACUUCCCAUAAUUUCCUCUCCUUUGAUGUUACAAGCAACGCAUUCGAUCACGAGAUUCCACAUCAAAUUGGGAACUCACCUGCUCUUGAAAGGUUAAGGCUUGGCAACAACAUGUUUGCUGGUGAAAUCCCAUGGACUCUGGGGUUAAUUCAACAACUAUCGCUUUUGGAUUUGUCGGGCAAUUUACUGACCGGGCAGAUACCCAUUCAGCUCUCCCUUUGCAGGAGACUAACUCAUCUUGAUCUUGACCGCAAUCGUCUUUCCGGGCCUGUCCCGUUUUGGAUUGGGCGUCUUCCUCUGUUGGGUGAGCUCAAGCUCUCUGCCAAUCAAUUAACCGGCUCUCUUCCUCGUGAAUUGUUCAACUGUUCGAAUCUGCUGGUCCUCUCUCUCAACGGCAACUCCAUCAAUGGCACCCUUCCUCCCCAAGUUGGUGAACUCAAGUUUCUCAAUGUUCUUGAUCUCGACGGUAAUCAGUUCUCCGGUCCCAUUCCACCCACCAUUGGUCAAUUAAGCAAGCUCUAUCAACUACGUCUUUCGAGGAACAGCUUCACCGGAGAGAUUCCGUCGGAGAUUGGCCAGCUCCAGAAUCUGCAGAGCUUCAUGGAUUUCAGCUACAAUAACCUCACAGGUCCAAUCCCACCUUCCAUUGGCACGCUCGACAAGCUUGAAGCGCUCGAUCUAUCCCACAAUGAACUCGAUGGACAAGUCCCUCCUCAAAUUGGUGAAAUGAGCAGCUUGGGAAGAUUGAACCUAUCAUUCAACCGCCUUCAAGGAAAGCUGGACAAGCGGUAUGUGCGCUGGCCAGCCACUGCAUUUGAUGGCAAUUUGAAUCUAUGUGGAGGCCCUCUUCAGAGCUGCAAAGAGACAAGAGGGUUUGGCAGCAAUAGUCAAUCGUCUGUGUUGAUCAUUUCAGCAAUAUCAACCGCAUUUGCUGUUAUUUUGCUGCUGCUCGGAGCUGCCCUGUUUUUCAAACACAGAAGAGAAGCUUUGGGAGGAAGGAAAAGGGGAAGUGAACUGGGCUCGGCUUACUCGUCUAGUUCUUCUUCCCAAGCACAAAGGCGGCCUCUUUUCGAUAAUGGCGGUGCUGCAAACAAGUGCGAGAUAAGAUGGCCGGACAUCAUGGAAGCUACAAAUAAUCUGAGUGAGGAGUUCAUAAUUGGGUGUGGUGGAUCAGGAACUAUUUUCAAGGCUGAUUUAUUUAGUGGGGAGACGGUGGCAAUAAAGAGAAUACUGAGGAAGGACGAGCCCUUGUUGGAUAAAAGCUUUGCAAGAGAAAUCAAAACGCUUGGGAGAAUCAGACACAGGCAUCUGGUGAGAUUGUUGGGGUAUUGCAGCAACAAAAAAGAAGGGUCCAAUUUGUUAAUAUACGAGUACAUGGAGAACGGAAGCGUGUGGGACUGGUUGUAUAAGCAACCGGUGAAUGAAAAGAAGAAGAAGAUCCUGGACUGGGAAGCAAGAUUGAAAAUAGCAGUGGGAUUGGCACAAGGGUUGGAGUAUCUUCAUCACGACUGUGUGCCUAAGAUAAUUCACAGGGAUGUUAAGUCCAGCAACAUAUUGUUGGAUGCCGACAUGGAGGCUCAUCUAGGAGAUUUUGGACUUGCCAAAACCCUCACCGAUAACAAUGAUUCUUCCCUUAACACAGACUCCAACAUGUGGUUUGCAGGUUCCUACGGCUAUAUUGCUCCAGAGUAUGCAUAUUCGUUGAAGGCGACAGAGAAGAGCGAUGUAUACAGCAUGGGGAUUGUGCUAAUGGAGCUGGUGAGUGGAAGAAUGCCAACAGAUGGGAGAUUUGGUGUCGAUAAUGUAGACAUGGUGAGAUGGGUUGAGUCCCACAUUGAAACUCAGCUGCAGCUAAUAGUUGAUCCACUACUAAAACCGCUCUUACCCAAUGAAGAAACUGCUAUGCUCCAAGUGCUUGAAAUAGCAAUGCUCUGCACAAAAACCGCACCUGCUGAAAGGCCAUCUUCCCGACAAGCAUGCCAUCAAUUGGUGCAUGUACUCAAUGAUACUAGGGUUCACUUUGAGAAACCAAGCCCCAAUGCAAAUCUCUAGCUCACGAUUCUUUCAGUCACUAAUGAUAUUUGUGUCAAUCCUAGUAAAAUUCAUAACUCGCAGGCCAGCAUCUCACUAAGUUGUGAUGUCAGAUGCAAGAAGUGAGUGUCCGUUCACUUGUUAUUUCUUCCUUUUCAAUUUGUCAUCUUUUUUUACAAAGAUGAGUUUGCUAAUAGGCCAAAUGCUCAACUGGUAUAUCCCAAUGAGAGCUUGCUUCAAGAGUUUCCAUGAUUUUCCGUCCUUUUAAAGUAAGCAAAAAUGUAUUCUGAUGUAUUUUGCUAUUAACAUAACUCAGCAACUGUUGCAAACAU